AAAUUGAGCAGCUCCCCAGUGACCAAACACAUCUCAUCUCCAAGCAAAAAGGUUACUAACCUAGCUAGCAGUGAGGGGCGCUAGCGAGUGACCAGAUGGCGGCCAUGGCAACGACGAAGCUAAUCCACGUCGAGUCCAUGCAGACCGCCGUGCCGACGCGAGUCACGGGGGCUGGGCGGACGCUGCCCAUCGCCGUGUCCGCGCCGCCGCUCACCGCCGCCGCGCUGCAGCGCCGCUUCCGCGCGGUGCUCUACUACCGCGGCGCCGCGGGCGUCGAGCAGCAGGUGGUGGCGGAGGCGGAGGAGCGCGCGGCGUGGGUGAAGGAGUCCCUCAGCGCGGCGCUGGCCGACCACCCGGAGAUGACCGGGCGGCUGCGGCUGCAGCGCAGCGACGUCGACGGCGGGGCGUCGACGUGGGAGGUGAGGCUGAACGACAACGGCGUGCGGCUGGUGCUGGCGUCGGUGGACAUGCCCAUGGCGGCGUUCCUGGAGGCCAAGGACCUGGAGCGCAAGGAGGCCGCGCUCGCGCUCUGGACCGACGUCGACGUGCACGAGCCCGAGUUCUGCGCCCCCUUCUUCGUCCAGCUGACGCGAUUCCAGGACGGUGGCUACGCCAUCGGCGCGUGCUGCAGCCUGCUGCUCGCCGACCCGCUGUCGCUCGUCGACUUCCUCAAGGCGUGGGCUUGCACGCACGCGGAGAUGCAGGCGCGGAGCAAGGCCGCCGGCGGCGGCGCCCCACCGGUGAUACAGUACACGCGCUACCUCCAAACCCCAGGCGCCGCUACCAGGCGCCUCAGGUCCGUUCCCCUCGACGCCUGCUCCGCCGCCAGCAUCAUGACCGUGCUCUUCAGGGCCGACGCCGCCGCCGCGCAGGUCGACCGCCGCGCGCUCGCGGCGGCCUGCGUCGACCGGGCCCUCGAGAAGCUGGGUAGCAGCGCAGGGAAGCCGCCGCGGCUCACGGUCCUCGCGGCCGAAGGCUCGGGAGGGAUGACCGUCCACGCUUGUGACGGGGACGGGGAGACGACGGCAGCGGCGGCGGCGGCGGCACUGUCUCGGGGCCACGCGCUCCGAGCCGCGUACUGGCACGAGGUCGGUCUCGGGGAGAUCGCGCUGGACGGGAGCGAGCCCGUGCACGCGUCGUGCAGCGUCGUCUCGCCGUGCGCCGACGAGGGCCUCGUCGUCGUGAUGACGCCGGCCGGCGGCGGCGAGCUCUUGAUCAGCGCGACCGUUCCGAACCAGUGAGCAUUACACAGACGUUCGUGCCGCAUCAUACGUUUCGUAGCAGUAUCCAGAUUUGGUUUGGUGAUGUUCCGUGCAAUGCACUAGUGGAAUUGGCGUACGUGACUACGUGUUGUGGUUAUCUUUCUCAGAAAAAAAAAGUGGCCUUACUUUUUCGUUCUAGUAUAACAUGCAAAAGGUUCGAUUUAUCUUCGCAUUUAAAGGUGACACAGUUUUUCGGUGUUAAA